AUGGCUUUAAUGAAUCGUCCGAAUGAACCCAUAAAUCGUUUGAUUGUUAGUACAAUUCAUGAGAAACUAUCAUUAACUGAUAAUAUUUUUAUUACCUCAAUGGAUUCUUAUAAGUAUAUAUGUGAGCUAGGAAGAGGCCGCUUUGGAACAGUCUGUAAAUACUUAAAUGAGGAUACAAAGACACACGUAGCUGUCAAAGCAAUCAAGAUGGAAAUCUUUGAGCAUGGAUAUCAAUAUAAAGAGAAACUAUUGAUUAGGUUGAACAGAUUCCUUGAAGAAUUCAAAGAUCUUAAAAACAUUUCCAUGCAUAAUGAUCGAAUAGUUGACCAAAUAGGAAUAUAUGCUGAAGGGAGAGAAUUCUACGUAUUGACAGAAUACAUAACCAAUGGAUCGGUUAAGGAUUAUAUCUCCAGAGAAGGCUUGAGCGAACAAAAAGCAGUUCGAUACCUACAAGAAACAUUGAAAGCUUUACAUUUCAUUCAUAAUCUGAAGAUUACUCACCGGGAUGUUAAAGCUGCCAACUUAUUAAUUUCAUCCAAUGACAGCAUCAAGCUUGCAAACUUCGGAUUGAUCCGAGAUUUGGCUGUUGAUGGAAUGGGUUUAUCUGUUGCUUCGGAAAUUGCUAGGGACUUCCGUGGAUCGCUUCUAUACGUUGCACCUGAAGUCCUAACAAGUGAAUUGGGACCUGGAUUCCGAGACUCUUAUAGUUUUCCUGCUGAUAUUUGGUCUCUCGGGUGUACUUUCAUUGAAAUGCUCAUCAAAUUCCCGCCUCAUUUCGAAUACUUUAAAUCAAUCAGCUAUAAUCAGAACGAGAUUGUUGAGAGAGCUUGUGGUUCCAAAACAAGUUUACCAUACACAGGAGCUAUUUUGGUUCCAUCUGCCACUGAUGCAACGAAAAGCAUUGUCGACACAAUUUUCGAAAUCGACCCGAAAGAUAGACUGACUGCUCAUGAGAUGUUGGAAUAUUUGAGCUCAAAAUCCAAAAAACCUUUAACUGUUGGACUGAUGGAUCAACCAAAAACCGAGCCAAGAAUCAAACCGAAGCUUAUCAGUUUGCCUGCUGUAGAAGAACCUGAUGGUGAUGCUCCAGCUCCUGUCCAUUUUACAAAAUCGAUACAAGAAGAUUAUAUGCCAUUAGAAACAAUACGUGGAGGUGUAACGAGGAAAAAGAAAGGGCGUAAGCACAAGCAAAGAACUCAGAUAUCCAGUUUAUCCGUUCUAUUUCUAUAUUUGGUAACACGCUUACUGUUUUUCAUGAAAAUAUUAGCUAAAUCGGUGAUGUAUGUCCUGGUAUUCAUUAGCUUGGGAAUCGGAACUCUAUCCUUCUUCCUAUUCGUCGCUUACGUUUUUGUUCUAUUCUUCCGCUAUCUCAUCAAGUUAGGAUGCCGGUGUGAUCUGUCAGAACCGCAUUUUCUGGUUAUCAGCGGGAUUCUGUUAAUCUUGCUGUUCGCCUUACUGUUCAGCUGUUGUAUGGUUGCUAUUGGAGAAACAAAGCACCGAAUAUCUAUAGGACUCUUCGAUGAUACUACGGUUUUCGUUCCAAAACCAAAAAAGGAUGUACGCAUGUGUGGUGUGACCGUUUUGGAAGGAGAAAAAACUGAAAACGAGUUAAGCUCAGUAGAUGACAUACCAGCUAUGAAUGAAUCAGCCGCUCAAGAUGACUUUUACUAUUUACCUUAA